AUGCUAAUAAUGGCGGACAUGGCAUGUUCGGACACACUGGCCAGGUUCUACUUCAAUCUGUUUACCAGAAUCUUCUCCGCAACCUCAGUUGUGUGCAAUCUACUCGUGUUGGUUGCCUGCCAACAUCAGCAGAAAAUAAUGAAGAUCUAUGGUCGGAUGAUGUCGUUGGCGGCUGGAUGCAAUGUCUUCUGCAGUCUGAUUGUCAUCGUUGUUGGAAUGGUGAGUUCGGGAAGGUAUGAGUCCAACGGGAAAAUGAUGAGAACUGUCACGACUUCGCAUGCGAAUUUUCCCACGGGAACGGCCGAUAAAUUUGCAUAGAAAGAAAUUUUCUUUAAAUUUUCAUACAGUGGAGGACCUGAUCCAGUGGCAAAAAGCGUACCGUUUUGCAUCCGGGAAGCUUCAAAAAUGUGGCAAAAUGCUUCCUUCUCCAAGCAAAAAAAACUUUGUUUUGAAGGGCGCGCGCUUUCGCCUCUUUCGAAAUCGGAGUUUUUUCACUUGGAGAUGGAGGCAUUUUGCCAAAUUCUUUUAUGCUUCCUGGAUGCAAAAUGAUACGUUUUUUUGCCAUUGGAUCAGGUUCUUAUGGCCUAUGCCCAACUGUAUACGCUGGGCAUAGACCACAUGUUAAUAUAAUAACUCCUAAAAAUUUUAGCUCGCGCUUUCCAGAGGCGAUUAUUUAAAUUUCUGUCAAGUUUCACCAAAAUCUGCGCGUUGCAUUUACAGUGCAUCCCUUGAUAGAAGACUACGCCAAGCACGAUAUAAGCCAAUCUUAAUCGUCUGAGUUUAGAAGACCGUUCCACACGGGGACCUAUUUUUCUACUUCACCGAUUCUCCGUUCCUCCUUUAUUCCUCGCAGUUAACUCAACAGCUGUUUGUGCAUGUGACAUUUGCGACGUUCUACGUCCACGCCGGACUCCCCGCAAUCCAGUUCUUCAUCCGCUACAAAAUUAUCAAGGACGCUCACGCGGGCCUCAGCGUGUUAUACACAAGUUUUCUUGGACUGGUUCUGUUUUCUUGCACCUAUUCGUUCUCUUAUGCCAUCGAUUUUCAAAAGCCGUCGGAGACCUGGAGGCAACUGCUAUUUUCCAGCGUUGAAGGUUGUAAUUUGGACAACGUUUUGCCCACCUACAGCGUGAUUAACAAGGUGAGUUUCGGAAAGCGGAAAGCAAUGUUUGCAGACCUCAAUUUCAAGCCGAAUUCACAAAUUCUUGGCUGUUGGUGUACUGUGCGGUAGCAGUGUUGUCGUUAUUUACUAUGGCGUGUUAACGUGGUUUCAUUUCAAACAACGCUUGGGGAACACAACAUAUCAUGCGACAAAGUUCAACCGAGACCUCAACUUGGUGUUGACGUUUCAGGUAAGGCUUUUAUUCAAAAUCAACCGGGCGAAUGUCUCUGAGUUAAAGAGUGAUUUAAUUUUGCCGCGAAACAAUUCAUUUUUUCCGCUGCGAUUGAUUUUUGUCGAAAGGCUCGACAGCCUGGUAACGAGACAAGACGAGAUCUCAAGGGUCAAGUGAUUUAUUCAGUGGAAAGAAGGCCUUUUAUAGCGAAGCCCCACGCAGGAAAGUACAAUCAAAUUUGAAUAAAUGCAGAUCGUUCCUCGUGGGAAAAUCCUCGAAGCUCGGUCGUUCCGCCUCACAAUUUUCGAUGACAAAAAGCGCUCUCACUAUUUUCCCGACUGAUAUAUGCUUGUUACCAAUUCCAGGCGAUACUUCCAUUCACGUUUAUCGUCCUCCCAAACAGUCUGUUCCUUGCCAACCUUGUUCCUCGCCACAUGGCGUCUACGGUGGGCCUUGUCGCAAAUUUCGGCUCAACGUUGAGUCCGCUGAUGGAUGCUCUGAUUGUCUUGUUUAUCAUUCCGGCCUUCCGCAAGAACGUGUUGAAACCCCUGCAUGGAACAACGCGCAGUUCAAGCAACACUCUGUUUUUAACGCAAUGA